CUGCUGAGAGCACCAGAGCAGAGCUCCUCCACAGACCACAGCCGCAGGGCACGCACUGCAGCUCAGAGGAAAACCUCACAUAGAAAUAUACGCUGGAGGAGAAACUGCUACCUCACAAGACAGAAGAUAAGACAAAGAGGAAGAGAAGAGGUGGAUCCGCUUCAAGGACCUGAAGAUGUCUGAUCACAGAAACUACUGAGGCAGAUUAUUCUUUGCAAUAAGGAUCGCUCCCCACGCUAUAGCAAAAUCUCCUGAAAGGACAUUGUGGAGACACUUGCAAGCUCAAACCUUUUCUCUCCAUAUAUUGGAAGCCUCGGCCCCAUCUGCCCCCGCCUCGACCUCAACCUCAGGAUGGCUGGCUGUACCUGCCGCUGCAGGCAAGGCUUGCUCAAACUAAUGCAGUCCUUGCAGAGAUUGGUCUCAGGAACCCUCACAAAAGAUAGAACAGAUGAGGAGGUGGAGAUGGCAACGGUGUGCUACAGACCAGAGGGUCUUGACCAGUUGGAAGCCCAAACUAACUUCAGCAAACAGGAGCUGCAGAUCCUCUAUCGUGGUUUCAAGAAUGAAUGUCCAAGUGGUGUUGUAAAUGAGGAGACAUUUAAACACAUUUACGCACAGUUCUUUCCUCAUGGAGAUGCAAGCAUGUAUGCUCAUUAUCUUUUCAAUGCAUUUGACACUACAAACAAUGGCUCCAUUAAGUUUAAGGACUUUGUAAUGGGUUUGUCUACACUGCUGCGAGGAACACUGAGAGAAAAGCUUGAGUGGACGUUUCACCUUUAUGACAUUAACAAAGAUGGCUACAUAAACAGAGAGGAAAUGACUGAGAUUGUGAGAGCCAUUUAUGACAUGAUGGGCAAGUACACGUACCCUGCACUAAAGGGAGAUGUCCCGCAGCAGCAUGUGGAUGCCUUUUUCCAGAAAAUGGAUAAAAACAAAGAUGGAGUGCUGACUUUGGAGGAGUUUAUUAUAGCCUGCCAGGAGGAUGAAAUUAUGAUGAGAUCCAUGCAGCUGUUUGAAAAUGUGAUGUAGAUCAAGAGGAGAUGAUGGAAAACAUAGACAUGGAAAAUGAGAGGACUUGGUGUGAGUGUGUGAGUGUGUGAGUGUGUGAGUGUGUGUGUGUGUGUGUGUGUGUGUGUGUGUGUGUGUG